GGCUACCCAGCCCAAAAACAUGUUAUGAUUUUCUGACAGCAACGGCAAAACGACGUCGUGGCCACUUCUCCGUCGACAUAUGUCCACCGUGAACAGCUAACUCCGUCAUCUUCAGCUCACCAUAACGACGGCAACUACAACUACAGGAACUGGUAAGAAGCGGUAUAAGCUAUGUCUCGGUUUCGUGCAGCCUUGCAGGCUUCUCUCACUGCUACUAAAAGAGCUUUGACAUGGAAUGUUGAAGACUUGAUUCCUCCAAGCGAGCGAUUUAUUUUCAACUUUAAUUCGAAGGAAGAGCUUAAAAAGUGGCAUUUGUAUUCUGAUUCUGAAUAUGGAGGUUUGUCGUCAGCAUCCUUGGAGAUCACAGACACUGGAACGGAAUCAAGUAAUACUGGAAUUUUUUCUGGGAAUCUCUCCCUGGAUGUUACUGCGGGAUCAAAGUGGAAUAUCUCCCGGAGUGGCUUCUGUGGUAUGCGGUCGAAGAAGUUUGACGGCUUCAUUGAUUUGGAUCCAUACGACACAAUAGCACUAAAGCUUAAAGGAGAUGGGAGAUGUUACAUAUCAACGAUCUAUACAGAAAAUUGGGUAAAUUCGCCUGGACAAGAAGAAGAUAACUCAUGGCAAGCGUUUGUUUUUGUGCCUAAAGAUGACUGGUAUAUUGCAAAGAUACCUCUUGCUCGCUAUCUACCAACAUGGAGAGGGAACGUCAUUGAUGCGCAAAUGGAAAUGAAUCCGUCCCGAGUUCUUGGCAUGUCAUUGUCUGUCAAUGCGGAGGGUGGACCGCCAGGUGCUAAGUCUGGUCCAGGUGACUUCCAUGUUGAGAUUGAUUGGGUCAAAGCCUUGAGAACAGUAUGAAUUUGCAUAAAAUGUCCAUGGAAUGUUGAAAUUCAAGGGUUUUAUAAGGGAUGGAGAGUAGCUGGUUAGUGUUUACAGUUGUGUGUUCUGUUGUCAGAACAAAGUGUAAUAAGUGUUAUGUUUUGUACAAGCUAUUUCCUCAAGGCAAUGAAGGGUCUGUGCUCUGUCGUAAUAACUUGAAUUAUCAUAACAUCCAGAAGUGUACACUAAAUCGUGAACAUGAGGAAGAUUGUCAUGUCCGGUAAGCGGUAGCCUGGUUCUAAUGCACGUGUGUGUAUGUCUUUCUCUGCGACUCCGCCUGCAGGCUUGCAAUUUCAUACAUUUUUGUGCCAGAUACUAGAAUAAUAGCUCAUAGUUCUACACAAUUUCAGCAAUUCUUUAUAUGUAGAGUGUUGACUUAUUUUGAUUCA